AUGUGGAAAGCUGUGGCCAGACGUUCGAGACCCGGACACCGCCUUGUGUCUGUUAUUCCACGUCGUUCGUUGUUUGAGAACUUUUUCCGGAAAACAGUCAACAAAGAACAGUUGAUAGAGAAGCAAGAUGAGGCAGUUGAAGAAGGAAAGAUUGUGUUUCUUACUGAACAGAAUAGCCCCAGCAAUAAGAAGGCAGAAGAGGAGAUAGACGCUGUCAAUUUCAAAAUCAACCAAUGGAGAGAUCAAACCGUACAUCCAAAGGACUUUGAACAAACCUUUUCUGGUGAUAAGUUAUCAACAAUCAUCAAUGAAACUUAUAAUGACUUGAAACAAACUUCCAUAUCAUCACCAACGGAAUAUUCAGCCUUGGAGUUAACAGACUUAAACUUUAGAUUCACGUUUACAAAGGAAUUACAAAGGAAAUUAGGCUUUCUUAUCAACGACUAUACCAUUUCCUCGAGCCAUAAUGUGGAUACCUUAUAUAAGCAUUUGUCCAAAUUGACAAAUAAGAGAUGGGUGAGUGAAACAAACCCUAAUGGUAUUUCUCUUAGAGCAGAAGACUUCACUGCUCCAAACAUUUAUUUGAACCAAGAAGUUCCUGAAGUUCAACAAGAGAAAUUGUACCAAGAUUUAUUGGCAAAGGCCAACCAAUCAACCAUAUAA